AAUCCCAUCCCAGCUCCUACACUCUCGCGAGACUUCGAGGUUACACGAAAUCUCCCAGCAGCCCUUGUUCUUUCUCUUCCCCGGUGCGGGCGGCCCCUGAGUUAAGCUCUGAAAAUGGUCCGCUACUCACUUGAUCCAGAGAAUCCCACCAAAUCAUGCAAGUCAAGGGGUUCUAACCUUCGAGUCCACUUCAAGAACACUCGUGAGACCGCUCAAGCUAUCAAGGGCAUGCAUAUCCGGAAAGCCACUAAAUACUUAAAGGAUGUGACCCUAAAAAAGCAGUGUGUUCCCUUCCGCCGUUACAAUGGUGGAGUCGGCAGAUGCGCUCAGGCCAAGCAGUGGGGCUGGACACAGGGACGUUGGCCUAAAAAGAGUGCAGAGUUCCUACUGCACAUGCUCAAAAAUGCUGAGAGUAAUGCUGAACUCAAGGGUCUUGAUGUGGAUUCUCUGGUAAUUGAGCACAUCCAGGUCAACAAGGCCCCCAAAAUGCGCAGGCGUACCUACAGAGCUCAUGGUCGUAUCAACCCCUACAUGAGCUCCCCCUGUCAUAUUGAGAUGAUCCUCACUGAGAAGGAGCAGAUUGUUCCAAAGCCAGAAGAGGAAGUUGCUCAGAAGAAAAAGAUCUCUCAAAAGAAGCUGAAGAAGCAAAAACUUAUGGCUCGGGAGUAAAUCUGACAUAACAGAUGUACAUAAAUAAAAAAGAAAACGGAUAUUA